CAUCAAGGGACCAGCCAUAUGUCAAUAUCACAGAUAACACCAACUCUCUUCCUGAGUGGGGCUGAUGCUCCUUUGAAUCAGGCACUUAUGACCCGCAAAGGCAUUACACUGAUUGUGAACGUGACCCUAUCCCACACCUGCCCUAUCUACCCAGGUGUGGAGUGCAUACGUGUUGCGGUGUCCGACCUCCCAAAUGCCCGUCUAGGUGAUCAUUUUGACCACGUUGCAGCUCGAAUCCAUGGUAACAGAUCUGGAGGAACCCUAGUGCAUUGCGCUGCAGGCAUGAGUCGCUCACCUGCUCUAAUAAUGGCCUACCUCAUGAAGUACAAAGGAGUGACUCUGCGGCAGGCACAUAACUGCGUUAAAGACAGCAGACCUUUCAUAUGCCUUAAUACAGGAUUCUGGACCCAACUUCUGGACUAUGAGAAGAAACUCUACGGUAAGAAUACUGUGAAGGUGGCUGAACCACUGGAUCCACUGCCAAUUCCUAAAACACCAAAACUACCUUCCAAGUACAGCAUGAGACGGUGUCCUCCUUCGCCAAGGCUGAGCCGACUUAGAAGAUUCACCUCCUUGGCUCUUUAAUCAACAACAGCGAACUGAUCCUUUGCCAGAAGUGGACUUGAAAUUUCUAUUUCCAUAUUGUAAGGGCAAUGAAAAAUGUCACAACCAUCAUUUCAAAUAAGGAUCAACAAGAUCUAAGUAAAAGAAAGUACUUCAACAUGACUGUUUUGUUUAUCCACUAGCAUGUGAUUUUAAGAGGCUUUUAGCCAUUUCCUCCUGGCUUCUAAAGCAAAUUCACUUUCAAGGAUGGUUAUUGUUUAUUGAUGUGGUCUGGCUGGGAUUCUGGGAAUAAAAAAAAAUAUUGAAACUUAGUAUGCAUUAUUUAACCAACAGAGGACACUGUUGUAGCAUUAAACUCACACCAUAGAAGAAACCCAGGGUAAGAAAUGAAAAGGCUCAAUUUCUACAGUAUGAUGUGCAUGAGAUAAAGACUCUAAACUUUUGUUUACUUUCAAAUGAGACAAAUUUGAAAGUUUCUACAUUCUACAUUUCAGUUCUGCAUCCUGUUUGCCACCUCAUUUAAAAUUCAUAAAAUUAAUUUAAAAGGCAUUCUUAAUUCAUCUCUAAACUAAAAGGCUCUGCUCACUGAGAGACAUGUAUAAAUGUAUGUAUGUAUUAAGCUGUUGUUGUUGACCUAUAGAUGAUAAAGAUUGGCCAUGUGACACAAGGUGAGAGAAUAAAGUCUCAGGUAUUCAUUCAUCACGUUUAUAAUGCAGGUUUAUUCCUUACAGUCUCUCUUAUAGUAAUGUGUGUUUAGUGAGUUUGGCAAUGUUUUGUUGGUGCUGAGUGAGGGGAAAGAAGUUUUAGACAUGCUUCUCUUGAGGGGGUGAGUGAAUGUGCUGAAAGCUGAGAGAGACUGCACAUAGUGGAAAGAGUCCAAAUGUCUUAGUAAAAAAAAAAAAAAAAAAAGCCACUUAUUUAUCUUGAAAAAUAAAUAUAAUUUAUUUUUGGCUGAAAGCCUUCAAUCUUGUGCAAUUAACAGGAAACUAGUUAGCCAACUAUGUAUUCGGAUAAAGUUAAGUGUGUUUAUGUGUGCCAGCCCAUGUG